AUGCCCUGCCCUCUCCUCUCCACUUUCCUGACUUCAAAGACACUGCUUCCCUGACCCCAUAGUGACAACUCUGGCAUCAGCUUCUGGCUGCUGCAAAGCAGCAGAUACUGAGCGCUCGCUCGUCUGGCUGUUCAUGCUCCACUUUGUAGCCAUCUAUCUUAGGGCUAGGCUGAAGCCUAGGCACACAGCUGCUAACAUCUGGAGCGGGAAUCAUGUCUGCUAACAAGGGCUGGUGGGUGCCACCUGAGGGUGAGGACAACCUGACUGAGAAGUUCCUAAGGAAGACCAGGGAGUCUCCACUGGUGCCUAUAGGUGUCGGAGGCUGCCUGGUGGUAGCCGCGUACAGGAUUUACCGGCUGAAAGCUCGCGGUUCUACCAAGUUGUCCAUACAUCUGAUUCACACCCGAGUGGCAGCACAAGCAUGUGCUGUGGGUGCAAUCAUGCUCGGAGCCAUGUAUACAAUGUACAGAGAUUACAUCAAGAGGGUGUCAGAGGACCCUGAAAAGUCGGACUCCUGAGGCGGCAGGAUGGCCCAAUUCCCCAGUGUCUCUUUAAGAAACUAAUAAAACGAUGUUGAAGAAA